UCUAAUAAUUAUACAAAAAAGGAAGAAGAAGCCAUAAAUUAUGGCACCAUCAAACUAACACAAAGCAUAGCACAAAGUAAGUGAGAAAUAAGAAGAUGUUGAAACCUCUCUCUUUAUUGGUGGUCCUUCCAUUGAUAGCUCUUCCACUGUCCUACUCACACCCUCAAUGCCUUGAUUUCCAGCCACCUUAUGAGGACUCUCAAGUCUCUUACUGUACUGAGUACAAAGACUUCGGCUGCUGUGGGCGUGUGACGGACAGACGUGCUCGCAAGAGAGUGGACCACCUCCUCACUCGUACGCGGGCUGGUCUGCAACUCGGCCCAGAUUGUGAGCCGUAUCUCCGGAAUGUGAGCUGCAUUAGAUGCUCCCCCUAUGCUGCACACUUGUUUGAUAUAGAGGACAGCCGUGAUGGGAGGAAGUUCCCAUGGCUCUGCAGGGAGUAUUGUCAGGAGGCCUACCAACACUGUCGACGAAUCCUACUCAGAAUGUACAAGAUGAAAACGUAUGAUUUCGGACUCCGAAAAAACCCCAGUUCUCACGAAGUUCUGGUGAAUGACUCGAUCAAAUUCUGCUCUGAAGUGAUCCCAACCGAGUCCCCGUACUGCUAUCCCCGUGUACUCAAUGGACCACAGCUAGGUGGCUCUGUAGUGAAUACAAAUGGUACUCUCGACUGCUUGUGUGCUCUGCCCGUUGCUACAGGGCUAAGAAAUCCGGUGUUUGCUGUACAUAGUGGAGACCAUACUGGGAGGAUGUUUAUCGGAGAGCAGGUGGGCGUGGUCCGAGUUCUUACGUCCAAUAACACUUUGUUGUCUUCGCCGUUCCUGAAUAUUGAGUCUAAAGUGCUCACCUCCAGUAGGCGUGGUGACGAGAGAGGAAUGUUGGGCAUGGCUUUUCAUCCGAAGUUUACAGAGAACGGUCGUUUCUUUGUCUAUUACUCUGUACUGAUCAAUAACAAGCACUACAGUCGAGUGUCUGAGCUCACCGUCAGCUCAGGAAAUGGCAAUGUGGCUGAUCCUAACUCAGAGCGUGAGAUCCUGCGACUGUUACAACCUCGGUCAAACCACAAUGGAGGGCAGCUGCUCUUCAAGAACGGUUAUCUCCUGGUGUUCCUCGGAGAUGGGGGUGGGGCUGGUGAUUCGUUUGGUACUCCUGGCAAUGGCCAAAACACGAGAACGUGGUUAGGGUCAGUGCUGCGGCUAGACGUGGAUCAUAAGGACCCGGGGAAGGAGUACUCUAUCCCUACUGAUAAUCCAUUUGUCAACGACUCUAGUGGGCUUCCUGAGAUCUAUGCGUACGGCCUGCGUAACCCGUGGCGAUGCUCUUUGGACCGUGGGGACAGAGACACUGGAGAAGGUAGGGGGCGUGUCUUCUGUGGUGACGUGGGGCAGAGCAGCUACGAGGAGGUAGACAUUAUUGAGGCAGGGGGGAACUACGGGUGGCGGGCAUACGAAGGAAACCAGUGCUUCGAUGAAGAUCUCUGUUCUCAAGAGAGCCUGGGUCAUGUGAUUUCCCCUAUUGAUGUGUAUGACCACCAGUCCGUUGGAGUGUCCGUGACUGGAGGUUAUGUGUACAGAGGAUGUUUGUUUCCAAACUUGAGAGGACUCUAUGUUUACGGAGAUUACGGAACUGGAACUCUGCUUGCCCUGCGAGAGACGACCGAGGGAUGGGAGAGAAGUCGACUGUGCAUGGGUGGAGAGGGCUUGUGCACUGGAGACCUUGUCGGAACAGAGAGGUCACAGUUCAUUCUGUCGUUUGGAGAGGAUGAAGAUGGGGAGCUCUACGUGCUGACUACAUCAAAUGCCUCCCCUACAGCCAAAACAGGGACUGUCUACCAGCUUAUCGACCCUUCCAGACGAGCAAGGCCUAUAGAAUGCAAACGAAAUAUCAAGAAACUGAACUACCAAGGCUAAAAAGCCAACUAACAGUCAUUUAUUUUACAAAUCAUUUUAUUGCUUAAAUCUUUGUGACUUCAUAUCCUUUUGCUUACUGUCCACCCACACACUUGACAUAAAGUUCAAAAGGAAGUGGCUAACAUGAA